AUGGCGUUCAGUCCAGUGAGUGAUCUGAGGAUUGUUCUGCUGGGGAAAAAUACUACAGAGAACAGCAGUGUGGGAAACUUCAUCUUAGGAAGAUCAGCGUUUGAGAGUGAAGCACCAUCUGCUGAUGUAGAGCUGCACAUCGAGAGAGAGAAAGGAAAACUGCAGGACAGAGAGGUUACAGUCGUCAACGAUUCUCAACUGCUGAUCCCAGAUCUGUUCAGCUCUCAGAUCACACAGACAGUGAAGGAGAUUGUGAAUCUGUCUGCUCCUGGACCUCAUGUGAUCAUACUAAUACUGCAGCAGAACCACUUCACUGAGGAAGACAGAAGGAGAGUGAAAUAUGUGCUGAAUGAAUUCAGUGAUGAAGCCAUUAAACACACUAUAGUGCUGACUGAAGAGGAGGACAUAAACAAUGACUGCAUUCACCAGUUAAUACAGGAAUGUGGAGGUGGACAUCUUCAGUUUGAUCAACAAAAAUCUGAAUGCCAAUCUGAAAUACUUAAAAGAAUAAAAAAGAUUCUCAAGGAUGAAGAGGUUGAGUUUCUUAUUUGUGACAUGUAUGAAGAAACAAGAGAAACAUCAGCAGAUGAAGAGCAAAGCAGAUCUGAAGGUUCAGUUACAACAGAGGAAGAGAACUUUUAUCUGGAAGACUGUGAUCUGGAAGACUUUGGACACUUUAAGCAGAGCAAUAAAGAAAAAUUGGAUAUUGCUGUUCAAGGUAGCAUCUUAUUGCCAGAGGCUGUCUGUGUUUUGGCAAAGCUGAAUGUGGUUCUGUGUGGGAGAGACAGAGGAUUAAAAUCCUCCAUAUCCAGGCUCAUGCUGGAUCAGAGAGACAAAGAAUCAGAGCUCAGCUCAGAGUGUGUGAAGCUGGAUGGAGAGGUUGAUGGACGUCUGAUCACUCUGGUGGAGCUUCCAGCUCUGACUCUGCUCUCACAGAAAGAGGAGAUGCGUCAAUCUCUCCGCUGUGUGUCGCUCUGUGAUCCUGGAGUUCAUGUUUUCCUCUUUGUUAUUCCUGAUGGUCCACUUACUGAUGAAGACAAAACAGAGACAGAGAAGUUUCAGAAAAUAUUCAGCUCAGAGAUAAAAAACCACAUCAUGGUUCUCAUCAUCCAGAAAUCUGAGCACAGGACAAAAGGACCAAAUGAAGCAAUGAAGGCUGUCAUUGAGUGUUUUGGGGGAAGACAUCAUUACCUCGAGCUAAAUACACAAGUGUCCAUGUUGGUGACCAAGCUGGAGCAGAUGGUGGAAGAAAAUGAUAGACGUUUUAUUUCCACAGAAGCAUUUUUGGAAGCACAAAUGGAGAAAUUUGAAGAAACGAGGAAGAAGUUAAUCUCAUUAGAGACACAGAUUCAGCAAAAAGGUAAUGACUAG